CAUCUCAAUAGACAUUGGGUGGGUUCUAAAGGUACACUCUCCUGUGUGUGCUUAAGCUGUAUGCUUUUACAGUGUGACCUGUUUUUUUUUUUCUGUGCUGAUGAGGCUGGGCGUAGCAGUCAGUGCCAUCUCAUCUAUUAUUUAUAGGAGAAGGGCUGUUUGGCUGAAGCUGCUGAGGCAAGCUUGUUGAUAUUCUGUUUUUGUCUUUACACACAAAGGUGGUCUGAGCACGCUGGAUCCCGAGGGCUCCCUGGAGAUGGCGAGCCUGGUGACUUGGAGCCUGCUCAGCUCCGUGGAGGAGGAGAACAUGGCUGAGAUCAGGGCCUUUCUGGAGAAGUGCAAGGAGGUGGAUGAAAGAAAUGAGGGUGGACAGACCCCUCUAAUGUUAGCAGCAGAGCGAGGCAAUCUGGACAUUGUUCAGGAGCUGUUGAAGAAAGGAGCGAACAUCAACCUUGAAGAUUUUGAUAACUGGACAGCCCUCAUUUCAGCAUCAAAGGAAGGUCACGUUGACGUUGUGAAGGAACUGCUCAGAAACAAUGCUAGCUUGGAGCACAGGGAUUCGGGAGGAUGGACUGCCCUUAUGUGGGCAGCAUACAAAGGGCGCACAGAGGUGACAAGCAUGUUGCUUGAAAAAGGUUCAAACCCAAACAUCACUGGACAAUACAGCGUUUACCCUAUCAUCUGGGCAGCUGGACGAGGGCAUGCAGAAAUUGUGCAUCUUUUACUUGAACAUGGUGCCAAAGUGAACUGCUCUGACAAGUACGGCACAACCCCCUUAAUCUGGGCUGCUAGGAAGGGCCAUUAUGACAGUGUUAAGCACCUGCUGGAGAACGGAGCAGAUGUGGAUCAAGAAGGAGCACACUCUAUGACAGCCUUGAUCGUGGCAGUGAAGAGUGGAUGUAUUGAUGUGGUAAAAGAACUUCUGAAGAGGAAUCCCAACGUCAACAUGACUGAUAAAGAUGGAAACACAGCCCUGAUGAUCGCUGCCAAGGAAGGCCACACUGAGAUUGUCCAGGAUCUUUUGGAUGCUGGGGCCUAUGUUAACAUCCCAGACAGGAGUGGAGACACAGUACUGAUUGGAGCUGUCAGAGGUGGUCAUGUGGAGAUUGUCAGAGCCUUGCUUCAAAAGUAUGCUGACAUAGACAUCCGAGGACAGGAUAACAAGACGGCUGUGUACUGGGCAGUAGAGAAAGGAAAUGCCACUAUGGUGAGGGAUAUCUUGCAGUGCAAUCCAGAUACUGAAACCUACACCAAGGGUGGUGAAACCCCUCUUAUUAAGGCUACGAAGAUGAGAAACAUUGAGAUUGUUGAACUUUUGCUGGAUAAAGGAGCCAAAGUGUCUGCAGUAGACAAGAAGGGAGAUACCCCGCUACACAUUGCAAUUCGUGGCAGGAGCAGAAAACUGGCUGAGCUGCUUCUGAGAAAUCCAAAGGAUGGUCGUCUGCUUUACCGUCCCAACAAAGCUGGAGAAACUCCUUACAACAUAGACUGCAGUCAUCAGAAGAGCAUUUUAACUCAGAUAUUUGGAGCUAGGCACCUCUCUCCGAGCGAGUCUGAUGGGGACUUGCUUGGCUAUGAUCUGUACAGCAGUGCUCUGGCAGAUAUUCUGAGUGAACCCACCAUGCAGCCGCCCAUCUGUGUUGGACUGUACGCGCAGUGGGGGAGUGGAAAAUCUUUCCUCCUCAAGAAGCUGGAAGAUGAGAUGAAGACCUUUGCUGGGCAGCAGACUGAGCCUCUGUUCCAGUUUUCCUGGCUGGUGGUGUUCCUGACCCUGCUUCUCUGUGGAGCUGUCGGACUGCUGCUGGCCUUUGUGAUGGAUCCAAAGCUCGGAAUCGCUGUUGGACUGAGUUUGCUUGCAGUCACGUAUAUAUCUUUUGUCGUGGUGUACUUUGGAGGUCGCAGAGAGGGAGAGCGUUGGAACUGGGCUUGGGUGCUGAGUACCUGGCUGGCCCGGCACAUCGGUUACCUUGGACUGCUCCUGAAACUGAUGUUUGUAAACCCCCCGGAGCUGCCAGAACAGACAACCCGAGCAUUACCGGUCAGGUUUUUGUUUACAGAUUACAAUAGGCUGUCUAGUUUGGGAGGAGAAACAUCCAUGGCUGAGAUGAUAGCUACUCUUUCUGAUGCCUGUGAAAAAGAGUUUGGGUUCCUCGCAACCAGGCUGUUUAGAGUCUUCAAAACUGAAGACAACCAAAGGAAGAACAAGUGGAAGAAGACCUGUUGUGUACCUUCCUUUGUCAUCUUCCUUUUCAUUCUGGGCUGCUUCAUCACUGGCAUCACCUUGCUGGCCGUAUUUAAGGUGGACGAGGGGAACAUGACUGUGAACACUGUCCUGAUCUCCAUGGCCUGUGCCAUUGGCCUGGCACUGAUCCUCAACUGCCGUACUUGGUGGCAGGUCCUGGAUUCAAUCCUGAACUCCCAGAGGAAACGGCUUCAUAGCGCAGCCAACAAAAUGCAGAAACUGAAGAGUGAAGGCUUUAUGAAGGUUUUGAAGUGUGAAGUGGAACUUAUGGCUAGGAUGGCAAAGGCAAUCGACGGCUUCACACAGAAUCAAACCAGGCUCACAGUUAUUAUUGAUGGACUGGAUGCCUGCGAGCAAGACAAAGUACUCCAGAUGCUUGACACUGUAAGAAUUUUGUUCUCCAAAGGUCCAUUUAUAGCCAUCUUUGCCAGCGACCCUCACAUUAUCAUAAAGGCUAUUAACCAGAACCUCAGCAGUGUGCUUAGAGACUCGAACAUCAAUGGCCACGACUACAUGUGCAACAUAGUCCACCUGCCAGUGUUCCUGAACAGCCGCGGGCUGAGCAGUGCCAAGAAUCUUCUUGUGGCAGCGCCAACUAAUGGAGAUGUGACGAACUCAGAAGGUUGGCAUGAAGACACUGACAGAAAGCUUUCCCAGCACAGUCUUGGGGAGCUGACAAAGAUUGGUAGCAAAACUACUCUAAAUAGAAGGGACACCUAUCGAAGGAGGCAGAUGCAGAGAACAGUAACACGGCAGAUGUCCUUUGAUCUGUCUAAAUUGCUUGUUACUGAGGACUGGUUCAGUGACAUCAGCCCGCAGACAAUGAGAAGAUUACUCAAUAUUGUUUCUGUCACAGGAAGGCUGCUGAGAGCCAAUCAGAUCACCUUUAACUGGGACAGACUGGCAUCCUGGAUAAACAUCACAGAACAGUGGCCAUAUAGAACGUCUUGGCUCAUUCUAUACCUGGAAGAAACUGAGGGGGUUCCAGAGCAAGCCACCCUGAAAACAAUUUAUGAAAGAAUAUCAAAGAAUAUUCCAAACACAAAAGAUGUGGAGCCCUUGCUCGAAAUUGAUGGCGACAUCCGCAACUUCGAAGUGUUUCUGGCUUCAAGGACCCCGGUUCUUACAGCACGGGACAUAAAAACCUUUUUACCAUGUACUGUCAACCUGGAUCCCAAACUGCGAGAGAUUAUUGCAGAUGUCCGUGCUGCCAGGGAGCAGAUAGAUAUUGGAGGAAUUGCCUAUCCCACAAUACCCUUGCAGGAUGGUCCUCCACGGGCCGCUUCUGUUUUCAGCCAGCCCUCUUCCGCCUGCUCACCCACCGCAUCCUUCAACGGCCACUUCAACGCUGCUGGAGUAAUGUCUCCACAGCCACACAGCAGUUACUACAGCGGCAUGACCGGGCCACAGCAUCCCUUCUACAACAGGCCUUAUUUUCCCCAUCAUGUUUCUUAUCUGCCAAGGCAAUACUUUGGCAGUUCCCAUCAUCCUUUGUCACGUCCAUCAGUUAAAACGGGGUAUCCCAGGGAUCAGAGCAAUGGACUAGAUGUUAUCAAGGAGGAUGCCAACGAGGGGCUUCCCUCUUCCACUAUACAGUGUGCAGCUUCUGUUGUGUCUGAGGGUCCUAUGGUGCUGCUCAGUUCCAUGAAUGUGGAUGCCGUUUGUGAGCAACUAAAACUGAUUGACGGCAUUGACCAGAGCAUGCUGCCACAGUACACUACUAUAGUUAAGAAGGCGAAUGUGAAUGGCAGAGUACUGUCCCAGUGUAAUUUAGAUGAACUUAAGAAAGAGAUGAGCAUGAACUUUGGAGACUGGCAGCUUUUCAGAGGCACGGUGAUGGAAUUGCGCCAUCUUGAGAACCAGACUAUACAUGAGGAUUCCAGAGCAGUUAGCGAGCAGGGAAGCAGUGUGAUUGGACACAGUGAACCAGUCUGUCGGCAAGGGCCUCCACCUGAAAAUGCUGUUAACCCAGAUGGCACAAUGACGUACAGCCUCAACUUCAGCUUCGAGGAGCUAAGUACUGUUGGCCUGGAUGAACCUGUACAUCACAGCAACCCAAGUUGGCCGACACACAGAACGCUGAGCAUGUCAAGUCUAAACUCCCAGGAGUCUUCUAAUGAGAUAUGCAAGCUGACAGACAAGCAGCAAGCUGAAUAUAGAGAUGCCUACAAAGAGUAUAUUACAUCGAUGGCACAGCUGGAGGCAACAGGCAACACUUGUGAAAAACCUGUUCAGCCCCACCCUGCCCAAUUCAUACAAAGCGCAUCAGGGGUGUCCCUGCAUUCCAACCUGGAAGAAAAGGGGAAGGAUGGCGAACAGGAUGGCAGGAAGCCGUUCAUGAAAAGAGAUGGCAACCAGCGUAGUGGCCAGUCCUCUGACAUGGUGGACUACACAUCUUCAGCCAUCUCCACUGCUGACACAUCCCCUCUAGAUCCCAUCACAGAAGAAGACGAGAAGCCAGACCACGCCGCUUCUAAGCUCCUCCUGGGGAAGAAGCCAUCAUCUGAGAGAAUUAACAUAUUCCAUGGAGCUGAUUUGAAACUCAAGGGAGUUGGCUUGCGCUACCAGAAGCUGACCAGUGAUGAGGAUGAGUCCGGAGCCAAGGAAUCUGACAACACCCCGCUUCUUGAAGGCAAGGAGAGGUCAGAUUCCAAAUCUGCCGAUCACUGGCCUUCGGGAAAAGGGAAGGAAUAUAUGUCAGAUGCCUUGCUGGAUAAGAAGGAUUCCUCAGAUUCUGGGGUGAGGUCCAAUGAGAGCUCCCCUAACCACUCCCUUCAAGAUGAAGAAGCCGAUGUCUGUCAGUUGGAGAAGGCCAGCCUGAUUGAGCUGGACGAGGACACCUUGGCGAGAAAGAGGGGAUUACCCCGAAGCUUGAGUGGGCUGCAGGACCCAGCCAUUGCUCGCAUGUCCAUUUGCUCCGAAGAUAAAAAGAGCCCAUCCGAGUGCAGCCUGAUCGCGAGCAGCCCAGAGGAAAGCUGGCCCCCCUGCCAGAAGGCCUACAACCUAAACCGUACCGCCAGCAACACCACCCUCAACAACAACAGCAACACUCCAAACCAGGGCCAGCCCUUCGAUGAGUCGGAGGGAACCAGGCGAGACUCCAGGCACUUGGAGAACAGCGUAUCUCAAGUCCUCAUCCACCCGGGUUCCAGCACUAAUCUAACCACUGUGCAGAAUGAAAACCUGAAGGGCAUCCAUCUCCAGAGGGGCUUGACUGGAAGUUACAAUCAGCACUCCAAGGAUGGGGCUUCUCCAGAGCUGCACACUGUCGCCUCUUCAGACACAGUCCACUUCGGAGAGGAGCGGGAAAGCAUCCUUUAAAUUAUACAUUUUAGGAGAGCUGAGGAGGAUUUAUAAAUAUAUUGUGUGUGUAUUUUUGUGUCUUUGGUGAUUUUUUAUAAACUAAGCCUACACAAUCUGAAUUUAGCAUAACAAUUAAUGUAAUGUAUGUUCCUGGUUGUGAAGAUUAAUUCUGCUGUGUUAACUUCUUGGUUAAAAAAUAUGGAGUUGACAACUUUUGACUCCAAGCCAUAGAAUGUUAUAUUAAUUUGAAAAUAAUACUGGUUGAGAGCAGUUAAACUGAAUGAGUUUGGCAAAACACCUCCUUUCAGUAAACACAAAUGGUGAGGUCAUUCAGAUAAGUGUUUGCUUAUGUCUGUUCAAUUCUUUAUCGUGUUUGUGAAGUGGUAGUUAAAGAAAAUUGUUGAAGUGACUUAUGUUAUUUAAAAUUGCCAGUGUAAUUAGAGAGUAAACUAAUAUUUAACGGUGACAGUGUGUCUGGUGUUUACUGUAUCCAGUUGUGCUUGUUUAUGUCUGGUAAUUUAAAUAGACUGUUGAUUAAUUGCAUUAAAUAUUAUAUAGUUGAAUUACUGUAAUAGAAAUAUUUCAUAUGAUUGCUUUUGUGUUCUGUUAUAGUACCAGGUAUAAUCACUAGGAUUGAAAAAUACUGACCAUAUUUGUGAAUACAUUCGAUACUAGAAUGCCACAGUAUUAUGUUUCUGUGAGUCUUUGCAAUAUCAGGUUAUUUUAAAAAAGAAAGUAUUUUUAGGGUCUGCACUCUAGAUGUUUAGAAGUUAUUAAGGCCUUCAGACUGGUGUCUACUGUUUGUUUUUAGAAGGCCAUGGUGGUUAUGCUAAGUAUCUGAGAAUGAGAAUAAUUUACCAACAUUCAAACGUAAGUGUAUCAUUACAAGCUAAAUGACACUGGUACUCGUAAUUGAGAGGUGCUGGUUAUUCUAAAUAAAGAAGAAUAAAAUUACUACGUUGUUAUUUGUAACAUGCAUUCACUACUUGUACUGUAGCCCGGUAGAGAUGUAUGUUUCUGUAUUCUCAAAGUAUAUAGCGAAGUUCUGUAUUUAAACAAGUGUUUGAGAAAAUAAAUACAUUUCUAGGCUACAUAUAUUGUUGUAGUCAUUUUUGUUUUUACUGUAAGUGUGAAUUAUCCACAGUGGCAUGUUUUGGGAAAAUGAAUAUGCACUUUUAAUAUUUACAUCCUCU